CGCAGGUGCCAAAUGUAUACCUUUUUGUAUUUGACUGGUAUGCUCUUGCUUACUAGUUACUCUUUGAGCGCUGUGCGUGCUUCCUGGUCACGUGACUGCCGCGGUCCAAUUAGCUGGGCUUAUAAGCCGGUAGCAGGAAGUUGCCAGCUGACAGAUCGAUUGUUUGCUCGAGGUAGGUUUUUAAUCCUCGUUUUUACCUGGAAUAUUGUGCUAACUAAGUAUAAACUAAAAUGCCUAAUUUGUAACUUUAUAGAGCCGACUACCAGCGCCGGAGUUUUUUUUCUCUCUCUCAUUAAGCUGUUGGCCAGGCUUUUCUUGUUUUGAUGGCGAGCUAAAGAAAGGAGCAUCUAGUCCAAGGAGUAUUCUUGGAGGAUUCCAGCCAGAAACCCCACCACCUGUUCGGUUUGGGCGGGUAGGAGGCUCUCGAGCCGACCCUUUACAUUUUUUUUUCCCAUCUUUAACCUGCAGUACACGAGCUGUACUGCCAUCUUUUUUUUCUAAGAACUCUAAGUCUGAACUGAGAUUUAUUCAGAUCCAGAAAUAUUGAUUAAUGAAAUUUGAAUUGUAUGUAUGUAUAUAGUCACUGUUGUCCCGAUUUAUUUAAUGUUGAAUGGCCAUUCAACUUAUUGUAUGUAUAUAUCUGCUGUCCCUCACAAAUUGUCUGUCUAAUACACGGUGUCAACCAAACUACAGUUUAAGCUCUGCCUUCUCUCUCCAAGUCGAAACCCUAGACUUCUGUUCUGAGCCCAUAAAACCCCGUAUAUACAGUAUUGCAUUAAAUUUGUAGUACGUAUAGGUUACAAAAUUAGUGGCGAGCUAGCCAGGAGCGAGAGCAGCUUAAGUUGUGUGUUUGUGUCUGUGUGUGGACAGAGUAUAACUUUACAAUGGACAUAAUUGAGAAACAUGGCAUAAAUAUACAUAAUGCAGUAUUGAUUGAGUGUGAUACAAAGGCUGAAGAAAAUGAAGAGGUCGUGGAAUUUUUGUCUAAAUACGGUUCGAUUGGUCAGUGUGAGAUUAUUGAUGAUUGGGAAUCUGAGUUUAGGCAUAAGUGGGUUGUUGAGUAUAAUUUUACUGAUGCUAUUAACGCGCUGCGUCACAUUUUGCCUUACACUUUUGUGAGUCGAAAUGGUAAAAUUUAUGAAAUAUCCGAAUUGUCCGCUGUUUGCGCUACUCACAUAGAGAAACAGAAAACAAACGCAUAUUUAUCUGAUUUAAAAGAGUUAGCUAAGCUAACUGGUAAGGACUUUACGGAGGUCCUCAACGAUGUGAUGUCCCUGCUUGGUCACUCUGUUACGCAGCUUGGCCCAGUCCAAGCUAAAACUCUGACAACUUCUGCUGCCCAAGCAACACAAUCAACUCCCACUGCCUCUACCGAGAGUCAGGAAUUGCUCUCUGAUCACACUGAACAUAAACCCCAAUCCCAAACCAGAACCUCUCUCCCAAAUAUUGCUGCACCUACCUUGAACCCACCAGAAGUCCAACGUUAUGUGGUUGAGCACAUCGUUAAAAACGAAGACAGCGCGAUGCUUCAUCUCUCCAGCCAGCGUCUCAGAGUAUUUUCUGGGAGGUUGCCCCGGCCUCAGAAUGAAACGGAUUAUGAAACAUGGCGUGUUACUGUGGAUUUACUGUUAAAUGAUUCCUCUGUUUCCGAUUUGCAGCGAUCGCGCAAAAUCUUUGAGAGUCUUCUGCCUCCCGCUGCCGACAUGGUCAAGCACUUGAAGCCUGAAACACGGCCUGCAGUCUAUCUCCAUAUUCUGGAUUCAGCGUACGGCACUGUGCAAGACGGAGAUGAGCUUUAUGCUAAAUUUAUGGAUACGUUCCAAGACGCAAAUGAAAAGGCAUCAUCAUACCUUCAGCGGCUGCAAGUUGCUCUCAAUUUAGCUGUUAAGAGAGGGGGAGUUCCAUACGAGGAGACCAAUAAACACCUACUCAACCAGUUUUGUAGAGGCUGUUGGGACAAUGUCUUAAUCUCCGAGCUCCAACUCAGGCAACGUAAGCAAAAUCCGCCAUCCUUCGCUGAACUAUUGCUGCUAUUGCGCACAGAAGAGGACCGAGAAGCAGCUAAGACCCUUCGCAUGAAGCAGCAUCUCGGCCCAUCCAAGACAAGAGCCGCAACUCAAGCACAAUACGCUUAUGCUGGAGGGGAAGAUCAUGAAAGUACAACACUGGAAAAACUUACAAAGCAACUGGCAGAUAUACAGAGACAAUUGACAGCUUUGAUCGCCGCCCAAUCAGGAAAAAAACAAGCUGUACCAGCGAAGACACCAUCGACUGGUGCUGGUUCCCCACAUGCCAAACCUGCUGCUCGACACUACGGUUCUGCACAGUCUGGACCAAGACCCGGUUAUUGCUACCAAUGUGGUGAAGAGGGGCAUAUUAAAGCAACAUGUGACAGUCCCCCAAAUCCUGCUCUGGUCUCAUUCAAGAAAAGACAACAGGCAGAGAAGCUGCAGAGAUGGAAGCAGUCAAGCACAGGUCAUUCUUUAAACUGACCCCAGUUCCUGUUACGGGACGAAUUGGAACUGCUUUGGAUCAAAAAUGUCCCAAGAAUCUUACAACUGUUACCUGCACUGAGCUUACUCCUUCUUCUCCAAUCACAAAAACAUGUCUACCGAAAGGGUUGAUUGGAUCGAAAUGUACAAGUGAAGUCCGCAUCGCUGGUCAAGUGUGCUCCUGUUUACUUGAUACUGGAUCCCAAGUUACAACUGUUCCUGUGGCAGUUUAUAAUAAAUAUUUUUCUCAAGAACCUUUGAAGUCUCUCUCUGACCUUCUGCAAGUUGAAGGGGCAGCCGGCCAAACUGUACCAUACCUGGGCUACAUUGAAAUGAUAGUUACAUUCCCCAAAGAUUUUGUGGGUGCA